AUGCUCUUGGACGUUUGCUUAGUGGUGUACAAUCAGUCCACCACUAGAAAGCGUGUCCCUGGACACUGGAGCAUCUUCAUGGGGAGGUCUGACUUGUCGAAAGGAACUGUUUUCCAGGCAGUCGGUUCUGGCUUUCACGGUUACCAACCUGAAAUUAAACGCAAUUACGAUCUAAAAAACACAUUCCGGAAAUACACAACCUUCAGCUUGGGUCAAAUCGAUGAAUCGCAUCUUGAUGACCUUGAGCAGGUGACAAGAUCUCUACCAGGAGCUGGAACUGCUCCCAAUCCUCUUGACCCCUUCUCAGGCGAGAACUGCCAAGAUUGGGCAAAGACUUUUAUCCAGAUCGUUGUUGACCAAGGCCUCCUUCCUUCUGCGGCGGUUGAUACUUUAGCUAAUGCUCCUAUUGAGUAA